GCAGUGGCGGAAACGUGAUGCUCAGGAGCAGGGGUCCCAGUGAAAGACCUGACUCCGCAGGGAAACUUGCUCCGCUGGCCUGGGAUAUACAGUAUAUACACAUACAUAUAGACACACACAGUCAGCUUUGGUUUGUAAAAGGCUCUUUAACCCUACAUGUAAGCUGGAGCUGAUGGUUUACGAUGGCAGAGAGAUUGCUGGUUUUGCUGGUGCUGCUUCUGCCCAGUCUCGGGCCGGCCUUGGAUCGGCAAGGAACAUUUCCGCAACCUGAAUUGCCUCAGUUAGUGAAAAAAGCUCUGGAUGAAUUCUUGGCCGGCAAAUACCUUCAUGCUCUUGUUGAUGCCUUCCUGUUUGCAAGCACCCAGCAGCCCUGGAACCCCAUGGAUGGCCUGAUGUACCUACUGCAGAAGAACGCCUCCUUCAGCAUAGACAGGAUCACAGGCAUACUAAGCGAUUAUCAGAACUCCCUGAUGGAAGAUCCCCAACUUCUUGUCUCAGAGUUGAGUUCCCUCGACAUUGUGCAGUUCACCACCGUGCUGCGCUUGCUCUUCGGCGGCAGGAAGGAGCAGAUAAUGAUGUUAGAGGUGAACUUUAGCGCACUGAGGAUGUCCCUGGAGCACAGUCCCGGAGGCAAUCGUUCCCUCUUUGCAGUGGCCAGGGAGAAGUGUUUGUCCAUGCUCAAAGAGGGACACUGCGUAGACUUGAUGGGCCUCUUGCUCAGCCUAUCCAGUGGGGAAUUUGUUCAAGAAGAUUUCAUCGCUGACAUUCCCACAGACCUGUCUGACAACACCUUCAGAAACCUGACUGCUGUGUUUAAAGACCUUUAUGACAUGUUCUCAGUGACUGCGCAAAAAGCCAUAUACAAGUGGAUCAUAACAGGGCUUCAGAAGACAUCCAAAUCCAGUCGUAGCCUUGCUUCCUGGAUGACAGCAGAAAAUCUAUGGUUUCUGGGCAGGUACAUGGUUCACCUGACUGUGCAGACCGUUCAAAGGAUCAGCCUCAGUGAGAUGCGGAUUUUCAUUCACUAUGACAACGCCACCAAGCAGCUGGACUGUGUGUAUGAUAUCAGACCAGGCGUCGGCAGGGCUUUCCUCCACAGAGUUAACGCCUCUGGAUUUGACAUGGCCAACGUGUCCAUUGCCUACAGGCUGGGACUGCUGGUAUGCUUCUAUGACAAUGUUCAUUUGCUGGAUUCCAGUGAUGCCCGCAUCUUGUUACACCAGCUAAUUAAAUGCAACCAAUUGCGGGGGAGCCUCAUAGAGGUCCAGAAGCUAAAGUCACAGCUGCUGGCCAUCGUGAUCCGGAAUCAGACCCUGAAUGAAUUGCUGGGCUCUGUAUCUGAUGCCGUGGUAGGCCUCACCACAAGCCAGCUGGAAUCACUUUCAGCUUCAGCAGUGCGGAGCUCCAUGGCUGUCUUGCAGCAGGUGUCUGGCUGGACACGGAGCCAGACUAUGAUCCUCGUGCACAAGUACCUGGGUGCCAACAAGGUUUUGACCUCCAGGAAUAUCAGUGAACUUGGGUCUCUUAUUUCUGGCGUGGAUGCAAAGCUCUUCUAUACUGUCAGCACUGGAGAACUAGCACAAGCAAUGGAGGGUACACUUCUUCAGCAUGCUACACAUCUCAACCCCACGCAACAACAUGCUCUUCUCAGUCAGAUUCUGAGAGCGGCAGAAGUAGAGGUGGUGCUGAAGAAGAUUCCAGGGAUGCUCUUUGACCAAGUUCCUCUCUCCGCCUUGCUUCACCUACCUGGUCUGGAGAUGGAUGUCAUAGAAGAUAAGCAGCUCACAAGCAGUCAGGCUUUCUUCCUGUAUGACUUUCUCUCAAGGACAACUCCAGCUGCUGACUUGAUAAGAACCGGGCAACUUUUGAAAGGCAUCACCUGCGACAGGAUUCGAAGGAUGGAUGAUGAUUCUCUUGUUGAUAAUUUCCCCAUCUUUGAAAAGAACUUCAGUCUCCUUUCUCCUUUCCAGCUGAACUGCCUGGCCUGGAGAUAUUUGGAAGUGUUGGAGAUGAUCAACUUACCGAUCCCACCAAUUCUGCUGCCAGCGCUUCCGACAGAGUUUGUGAAAAAUAUGUCAGCAACCACCUGUAAGGGGUUCUUGGUGGCUCUGGGUCGCAUGGACCUCCACUUGCUGACGCUAUAUACUGAAAAAAGAGAAGCAAUUAUUAGAAAGGUGUUGCAGUGUCUGAGCAAUGGGAUUCGUGAUGAGUACGACGUAGACGCCCUUGGUAAGUUGCUGUGCCACUUGCCUCCUACUGCUCUGCGUGAUCAGCUCACCCUGGCUGCUCUACCCGCUGCUCUGCGGCAGCUUCAAGCAUGUGUCCACCUCACUGCUGACCAGAGGGCUCAAGUCAGAAGAAAACUGGUACAGCUACAUGGACCAGUUAGGGAGUGGAGUGCCGAACUGAUCCAGGACUUGGGCUCACUUGUCACGCUGUUGUCAAGAGAGGAAGUCCUUGUCUUGGCCAACAAGUACCCAGAGGAGGUUUUUCCUUUGGCUACGAAGGAUGGGCCAACCCCUAUACCAGAAGAUUUCCUACUUGCCAUUUUUGAAGUUGUGCGUGGUACCCUGGAUAAAGAUUUGCCCAGUCUUUCCUCUGAGGCUGACUGUUUCUUGGUUGAAUCCCCCUCUGCUGAUGACAUCCGGAAGCUGUCUGAAGCCAAUGUCUACUGGUUUGCCAAAGAGCUGCAGUGCAUUAGCACUGAUACCUUCUCUGAAACUGUGGAACUGCUGGGCUCAGUGAAGGGUUUCAACCUAACCCAACUCAAGGCCCUUAAAUCUCGUGGGGAACAGGUAUGGGGUCCUUUGUCUACAUGGAAGAGCUAUCAUGUGGUUUCCCUGGGUUCCAUUGCUCUGGCUUUAACUGAGAAGGACAUUAAAGAGCUGGACCUCAGCUCCAUUGACACUAUGACUGCGCUCAGUCAACAGACCAGAUGGACACUCCAACAGAUGAGCAGUCUGCUGUAUCACUUCUUGGAGUCUUCCAAUCUUACUUUGGGCGAGUUGCAGGCAUCAGACUUAGCAGGGCUGGGUGUCCUUUUGUGUGGAGCACAGCCCAGCCACGUACACCUAAUCAGCCCUGAGGCUUAUGGAACAACGGCUGCACAGAUUGGCACUCUUCCCUGUCCCCUUCCAGUCCUACAGCAGCUGAAAGGCACAGCUGAAAAGGUGUUUGGUAAAGUGGGGACCUGGAACAGCUUUGUGCUUCAGGAGGUGGGCAUUGUAGCAGCUGGCAUGAGCUUUGAAGAGAUAAAGGAAAUGAGCUUAGAUUUAAUGCCCUAUCUACAGCCCCAGGCCAUUGCUGCCAUUCCUCCUGAGAGCUUCAGGCGGUUCUCUAAAGAGCGCCUACAGAGCUUGGGCCCAGGCAGUGCCCUGGCAGUGACAUCGGCACAAUCUGCCCAACUGAGUGACGAACAGCUGCAGGCCCUCCAGGUAGCCAGAGAUGGCCUGAGAGAAAGUCUGUCUAGCCACAUCCACCCUGCCGCCUCAUCCAGCCAAGGGUCUGGUACCGUCAGCUCUGGUUUCCAUCUACACCUCUUCAGCGGGUGGUGGGUUUGUAUUCUGUGUUCCACUGUUCCUGGAAAGUGGCAGCAUUUGUGAUGCCAAGGAGCUCUGCAUGUAUCGCCUGCCAACAUGCCUGCAAUUUUUUUGAGAAUCUUAGUGCCAGCCCAGCCUUUUCCCUCUGUGGUCAGAUGUAAUAGCUCUGUACAGUUUAAAAAAUACAGUUAUGGUAAUAAAAUACUUAGCAUUUAUAGCCAUGAGGGAGUAAAUAGAAACCUUACAGCAACAGAAAUACCUUGUCUUCAAACACUGGUGAAAUCCAAUAGGUCAGUUUCAUGUUAAAAAUAGGAAAUUGCUAAAAGAUUGCCCCUGUUUGUCUUGUCAAGCCAACUCGAUCACUGCAGUUGUUACAACAAUGAAAAAUAAAACCUACUGGCCAGUGUGUUUA